AUGUCAUUCGUGAAGCGAAAUACGGUGCUUUCGGCACGCCCAGGGCGAGCGGCCCCCCAGGCGACACAGACUCAAGAAAAACGGCGGUUGGCGCUGGGAAUUCGACCUUCGCCCUUGGAUGGCCGGCCGACCACCUCGACGGGCACUGCGUCGCUCGACCAACUCCUUGCGGGCCAUGGCGGACUCUCUUUAGGAACCUGCCUACUAAUCGAAGAGCAAGGAACAACCGACUUUUCAGGGGUACUUCUACGAUAUUAUGCUGCCGAAGGUCUUGUCCAGGGCCACCAAGUACACCUGGUGGGCUAUCCUCCAGAAUGGAGGCACCAGUUACCUGGCGUGGUUGCACCCGACACCAAAACAAAGGUAUCACAACCAGCGCCAGCCCCAGAAGACAAGAUGAAGAUUGCCUGGAGAUAUGAGGCAUUGGGAAAUAAAGCAGCCCCCGCGGUGACUGCAAGAGAAGGGGAUACUAGCCUUGAGACAUUCUGCCACGCCUUCGACCUUACAAAACGUCUCGCGCCCGCCGUCUGCAAAGGAUCCCUUCACCCAACUCCCAGCACAUGCCCGCUCACCUUCGAGCAACCCGGUCCAUCUUCUGCCUCCCCCUUCAAACUAAUAGUUAAACAUCUCCAAACUAAACUCGCCUCCUCCCCGCCCACCGAAAUCCACCGUGUUAUCAUCCCCAGCCUUCUCCUCCCCAGCAUCUACGCUCCGCAGUGCGCCCAACCCUCCGAAGUCCUCCCCUUCCUUCACGCCCUCCGUGGGCUUCUCCGCCAAUACCCAACCCAGCUCACUGCUCUCAUCACCCUUCCAACCACGCCAUACCCCCGCACCUCCGGUCUGGUUAGGUGGAUUGAGUUGCUUAGUGAUGGCGUCAUUGAGUUGAUACCGCUCCCUGCCAACCCUGGUGUGCCACCGGCUUCUUCGUCAUCGUUAAACCCUGGAGCGGGAUCGAACUCGAAGUCGGAGGCGGACAAGAGUGCACAGACACAGGGUUUAUUGAAGGUUUACACCUUACCAGUGUAUCACGAGAAGGGAGGUGGUGGAGUGGGUGCGAGUUCUGUGGGGGAGACUCUCGGGUUCAGUCUAAGCGCGUCUAAGGGCCUGGUGAUCAAGCCAUACAGCUUGCCGCCUUUGGAGGCGGAGGGUGGAGGGGAAACUGAGAAGACGAAGGAAGGAGAGAAGGAGGGUAUCGAAUUUUGA